AAUGGAAACGCUUAAAAAUUCACCCACCAUUAAGGCGAUUACGGAACUGGAUGUUAAGUUGACAGACCGUUUUGUGACAUAUUUACUGCAAUUUGCAUCCUUUAAGUCUCUUAGGAUACACUGCAAAUUUCUUGAAAUAUCUUGUGAUGGAAUAGCCUGGCUUUGCACAUGGGUUGCUUUCAUAUGGCUAAUAAAUUCGAAGAGCCUAUACCAAAUGCAAGUUAAUAUGCUGCUUGGAUUACUAUUAGAUAUAGUUGUUGUGGCUGUUUUAAAAGCACUCGUACGUAGACGACGACCAGCAGCUGUUAAGGAUUCACUAGUCAUUGGUCCGGAUAAGUUCAGCUUUCCGUCGGGACACGCAUCCAGAGCUUUCUAUGUUCUAACCUUCUUUACCAAAUUGCAUACGUUGCCAGUCAUAUUUUGGAUGCCGAUGACUGCGUGGGCCGUUAGCGUUGUAAUCUCAAGACUAAUAUUAAAAAGACAUUUUAUUCUGGACGUUAGUGCUGGGGCAUUGAUUGGAAUAUGUGAAGCACUGUUUAUUGGACUUAUUUGGAUUAGUGAAGAAACAGCCGCUUCUUUCCUUGGCCUUAUAACUGAAGAUGAAUCUGUUUAGCAAGUAAAACGAAAAAUGUCUUAUAAAUACUUUUUUAAUGCAUUGAUGGACUAAUAAUAUUACGAACAUACGCCAAA